GGGAUGUUCCAGAUGGACAAGGUUGCAGCGCCUCACUGACCCAGAGAAGCCCAAGUCCCAAGGUGAGAGGAUCCUCAAGCCCUAGGGACACGGCCUGCAGGGGCAGGGAGACGGCCUGCAGGGGCAGGGACACGGCCUGCAGGGAGACGGGCUGCAGGGGCAGGGAGACGGCCUGCAGGGAGAUGGGCUCAGAGGAGAGGAGUUCAGCCAUGUCUCACAAGAUCUCUUCCCCCUCUCACAGCAACAGCAGCUCCUCUUCCAAACACGACAGCCGACAGGACAGUUGGGAGAUUGUAGAGGGGCUGCGUGGAGGACACAGUAAUGUCCAGGAGCCCCAGAAGCAGGAUGGAUACAUGCUGAAGAGGAGGAAGUGGCCGAUGAAGGGAUGGCACAAGAGAUACUUCUACUUGGACAAGGGUAUCCUGAAGUAUGCCAAGUGUGGUGCUGAUAUUGAGAAGGGGAAGUUACACGGCUGUAUUGACGUGGGUCUCUCUGUUAUGGCCAUUAAGAAGUCAGCCCAGUGCAUUGAUCUGGAUGCAGAGGAAAACAUCUAUCACCUGAAGAUCAAGUCACAGGAGCUGUUUGAUGAAUGGGUGUCUAAGCUCCGCCACCAUCGGCUGUACCGUCAGAAUGAGAUUGCUAUGUACCCCCAGGAGAAGGCUUACUACUACCCCCACUUCCCCCCUCCUGGGUCCCCCGGUGGGGCUGAUAGAACGCGGCAUGUCUCUCUAGCCAGGCAGGCAUCGGUCCAUGCUGCAGGUAGCUUCCCUGUGACCUGUACCAGCCAAUCCAAGGUGGCCGCCUGGCUGCAGUCCUCAGACGACAUGAACAAGUGCUCUAAAGACAUGUCAGUGUGUGAGUCCUACCUGUUGGAGCUGAACCAUCUGCUACAGAGUAUGGAGGUCAUCCACCGCACCUACUCUGCUCCAGCCAUCAACGCACUACUGCAGGCUUCUACAUUUGACACUCCCAAAAAGGAAAAAAGGCCCCCAAGGAAAUGGCGUGGUUCUAAAAACUAUGGCAAAGAUGUGAAAACAACACUGCAGGUUCCCAGUUGCAUCUCAUCUGGCUCCGUCCGUCUCCACGCCUCCAACCCCAACCUCUCUACUGCAGCCCUGGGGACUGCGAAGGCCUACCCUGAACCUCCCUAUAUGGACUCUCCUAUAGACGUAGCCAAACUACAGGAGGACUUCUGCCGCGUUGCUAACAACCUGCAUGCCACCAUGAAGUCAGCCCUGAGCGCUCUCACCUCUGAGAAGGAGAAGUUAAAACAGGUGCUGGACCACCAAGACACAUGCCCCCCUACCUCUCCAGGGAUUAUGGGUCUGAAGAACGCUCUGUCCUCGGCUAUAGCCCAGAACUCUGAACUGAGAGAGCGGCUGAGCAACAUUCACGCUGAGUCCAGCUGCGUCCCAGAACCCUCCACUGGGCUCAUAAACCUCUCUGGUCCCCUACAGAAGCAAGACUCCACCGAUGGAUCCCACCCCCUAGUUCACCAGGCGUCCAAUGAGAGCAGAGCGUCCAUCACAGAGUCUCUGUCAGAGUUCUUCGAUGCUCAGGAGGUUCUACUGUCUGCCAGCUCCUCAGAAAACGAGGCCUCUGAUGAUGACUCAUACAUCAGUGACAAUGUCAGCGACAACAUCUCCAUGGACAACUUCAGCAACGAGACGGAGAGACCUAACUCGGGCUGUGAAGAGACCGGGGCCCUUCUGAGAAGACGCAGGUCGUGCCUCCCGUCGGCCAGCCCCAACACCAGUAACAUCAGUCUAUGGAACAUCCUUAAGAACAACAUAGGGAAAGACCUCUCCAAGGUGGCUAUGCCUGUUCAGCUGAACGAGCCCCUCAACACCCUGCAGAGACUGUGUGAGGAGCUGGAGUACAGCGAGCUGCUGGACAGAGCUGCUAACACACAGGACCCCUUUGAACGCAUGGUGUACAUAGCCACGUUUGCCGUGUCGGGGUACGCGUCCAGCUACCACCGAGCGGGAGGGAAGCCCUUCAACCCGGUCCUGGGGGAGACCUAUGAGUGUGACCGCCCCGACAAGGGCCUCCGAUUUGUAGCAGAACAGGUCAGCCAUCACCCACCUAUAUCAGCAUGCCACGCUGACUCUAAAAACUACAUAUUCUGGCAAGACAUGAGGUGGAAAAACAAGUUCUGGGGGAAGUCUAUGGAAAUAGUUCCUGUGGGCACCACCCAUGUGAUGCUGCCAGGGUUUGGGGACCACUAUGAGUGGAACAAGGUCACGUCCUGCAUCCACAACAUCCUGAGUGGGCAGCGCUGGAUAGAACACUAUGGAGAGAUCUCCAUCAGGAACACCAGCACUGAUAUCUGCCAGUGUAAGGUCACCUUCAUCAAGGCCAAGUACUGGAACUCGAGUGUUAACGAGGUGGAGGGCACCAUCACAGACCACAAGGGGAAGGUCAUCCACAGACUGUUUGGGAAGUGGAACGAGGGGGUGUACUGUGGAGACCCCCCCUCUGCCACCUGCAUCUGGAGAGCCAAUGCCAUGCCGGCUGACCACGAGCAGUACUACGGCUUCACUAAGUUUGCUAUGGAGCUCAAUGAGCUGGACCCUUCACUGAAACUGCUGCUGCCUCCCACAGACACCCGGCUACGGCUCGACCAGAGGCUGCUAGAGGAGGGCAACGUAGAGGCAGCAGAGGAACAGAAACAGAAGAUAGAACAGCAGCAGAGAGACAGACGCAGAGUCCUGGAGGAAAACACCAUGACACAUCAACCCACGUUCUUCAGGAAAUCAAAGGACGACACCUGGGUUAGCAACAACACUUACUGGGACCUGAGAAGGGAUCCAGGCUUUUCCCACCUGGACUGUCCUGUGUUGUGGUGACCUGAGGAGGGAACCAGGCUAUCCCCACCUGGACUGUCCUGUAUUGGGGUGACCUGAGGAGGGAACCAGGCUAUCACCACCUGGACUAUCCUGUAUUGGGGUGACCUGAGGAGGGAACCAGGCUAUCAACACCUGGACUGUCCUGUAUUGGGGUGACCUGAGGAGGGAACCAGGCUAUCAACACCUGGACUGUCCUGUGUUGUGGUGACCUGAGGAGGGAACCAGGCUAUCAACACCUGGACUGUCCUGUAUUGGGGUGACCUGAGGAGGGAACCAGGCUAUCAACACCUGGACUGUCCUGUGUUGUGGUGACCUGAGGAGGGAACCAGGCUAUCACCACCUGGACUGUCCUGUGUUGUGGUGACCUGAGGAGGGAACCAGGCUAUCACCACCUGGACUGUCCUGUGUUGUGGUGACCUGAGGAGGGAACCAGGCUAUCAACACCUGGACUGUCCUGUGUUGUGGUGACCUGAGGAGGGAACCAGGCUAUCACCACCUGGACUGUCCUGUGUUGUGGUGACCUGAGGAGGGAACCAGGCUAUCACCACCUGGACUGUCCUGUGUUGUGGUGACCUUAGUGUGACUUUUGUGGCCACUGGUCACACACCUGGGUCAUGUUUAUUAGGCCCAGGACUGAAACAGGGAGGGACGACCUGAACGUGUCCAGUAAGAAACACUUGUGUGUUCAAAAGGCACCAAACACAGAAAACAAGAAAACAGACUGCAACUUCCAGUCCAAUAAGAAACUUAAUUUUUUUGUUUUCAGUUGCAAAACCUUUUGCUACGGUGUGCACUUAUGAACACGACCCUGUUUGGACUUCCUGUCUGUACUGUGACCCAGGCUGGUUCUGGGGGCUGGAGUCCUGCUGCUCUAUCUCUGUCUCAUUGGUUACGCGUUAAAUGGCACCCUAUUCCCUACAUAGUGUACUGCUUUUGACCAGAGCCCUGUGGGCCCAAGUAGUGCAUCAUACGCUAAAGGGAAUAGGGUGCCAUUUGGGACGUAUGGUCUUGUACAUGUCCAUCUACUGUCCAUCAUUCACAUGUCCAUCUACUGUCCAUCUACUAUCCAUCAUUCACAUGUCCAUCUACUAUCCAUCAUUCACAUGUCCAUCUACUGUCCAUCAUUCACAUGUCCAUCUACUGUCCAUCAUUCACAUGUCCAUCUACUGUCCAUCAUUCACAUGUCCAUCUACUGUCCAUCUACUAUCCAUCAUUCACAUGUCCAUCUACUGUCCAUCAUUCACAUGUCCAUCUACUGUCCAUCAUUCACAUGUCCAUCUACUGUCCAUCAUUCACAUGUCCAUCUACUGUCCAUCUACUAUCCAUCAUUCACAUGUCCAUCUACUGUCCAUCUACUAUCCAUCAUUCUCAUGUCCAUCUACUGUCCAUCUACUAUCCAUCUACUGUCCAUCUACUAUCCAUCAUUCACAUGUCCAUCUACUGUCCAUCUACUAUCCAUCAUUCACAUGUCCAUCUACUGUCCAUCAUUCACAUGUCCAUCUACUGUCCAUCUACUGUCCAUCUACUGUCCAUCUACUAUCCAUCAUUCACAUGUCCAUCAACUGUCCAUCUACUAUCCAUCAUUCACAUGUCCAUCUACUGUCCAUCUACUAUCCAUCUACUGUCCAUCUACUGUCCAUCUACUAUCCAUCAUUCACAUGUCCAUCUACUGUCCAUCAUUCACAUGUCCAUCUACUAUCCAUCAUUCACAUGUCCAUCUACUGUCCAUCAUUCACAUGUCCAUCUACUAUCCAUCAUUCACAUGUCCAUCUACUGUCCAUCUACUAUCCAUCAUUCACAUGUCCAUCUACUCUCCAUCAUUCACAUGUCCAUCUUCUGUCCAUCAUUCACAUGUCCAUCUACUGUCCAUCUACUAUCCAUCUACUGUCCAUCUACUGUCCAUCUACUAUCCAUCAUUCACAUGUCCAUCUACUGUCCAUCUACUAUCCAUCAUUCACAUGUCCAUCUACUGUCCAUCAUUCACAUGUCCAUCUACUGUCCAUCUACUAUCCAUCAUUCGCAUGUCCAUCUACUGUCCAUCUACUGUCCAUCUACUAUCCAUCAUUCACAUGUCCAUCUACUGUCCAUCUACUAUCCAUCAUUCACAUGUCCAUCUACUGUCCAUCAACUGUCCAUCUACUAUCCAUCAUUCACAUGUCCAUCUACUGUCCAUCAUUCACAUGUCCAUCUACUGUCCAUCUACUGUCCAUCUACUGUCCAUCAUUCACAUGUCCAUCUACUGUCCAUCUACUAUCCAUCAUUCACAUGUCCAUCUACUGUCCAUCUACUAUCCAUCAUUCACAUGUCCAUCUACUGUCCAUCAUUCACAUGUCCAUCUACUGUGCAUCUACUAUCCAUCAUUCACAUGUCCAUCUACUGUCCAUCUACUGUCCAUCUACUAUCCAUCAUUCACAUGUCCAUCUACUGUCCAUCUACUAUCCAUCAUUCACAUGUCCAUCUACUCUCCAUCAUUCACAUGUCCAUCUUCUGUCCAUCAUUCACAUGUCCAUCUACUGUCCAUCAUUCACAUGUCCAUCUACUGUCCAUCUACUGUCCAUCAUUCACAUGUCCAUCUACUGUCCAUCUACUAUCCAUCAUUCUCAUGUCCAUCUACUGUCCAUCAUUCACAUGUCCAUCUACUGUCCAUCUACUAUCCAUCAUUCACAUGUCCAUCUACUGUCCAUCAUUCACAUGUCCAUCUACUAUCCAUCAUUCACAUGUCCAUCUACUGUCCAUCUACUAUCCAUCAUUCACAUGUCCAUCUACUGUCCAUCGACUGUCCAUCAUUCACAUGUCCAUCUACUGUCCAUCAUUCACAUGUCCAUCUACUGUCCAUCUACUGUCCAUCAUUCACAUGUCCAUCUACUGUCCAUCAUUCACAUGUCCAUCUACUGUCCAUCUACUGUCCAUCUACUGCCCAUCUACUGUCCAUCUACUGUCCAUCAUCCACAUGCCCAUCUACUAUCCAUUAUUCACAUGUCCAUCUACUGUCCAUCUACUGUCCAUCUACUGCCCAUCUACUGUCCAUCUACUGUCCAUCUACUAUCCAUCUACUAUCCAUCAUUCACAUGUCCAUCUACUAUCCAUCUACUGUCCAUCUACUGUCCAUCAUUCACAUGUCCAUCUACUGUCCAUCAUUCACAUGUCCAUCUACUGUCCAUCAUUCACAUGUCCAUCUACUGUCCAUCAUUCACAUGUCCAUUUACUAUCCAUCAUUCACAUGUCCAUCUACUGUCCAUCAUUCACAUGUCCAUUUACUGUCCAUCUACUGUCCAUCAUUCACAUGUCCAUCUACUGUCCAUCAUUCACAUGUCCAUCUACUGUCCAUCAUUCACAUGUCCAUCUACUGUCCAUCUACUGCCCAUCAUUCACAUGUCCAUCUACUGUCCAUCAUUCACAUGUCCAUCUACUGUCCAUCAUUCACAUGUCCAUCUACUGUCCAUCUACUGUCCAUCAUUCACAUGUCCAUCUACUGUCCAUCAUUCACAUGUCCAUCUACUGUCCAUCUACUGCCCAUCAUUCACAUGUCCAUCUACUGUCCAUCAUUCACAUGUCCAUUCACAUGUCCAUCUACUGUCCAUCUACUGUCCAUCAUUCACAUGUCCAUCUACUGUCCAUCUACUGUCCAUCUACUAUCCAUCAUUCACAUGUCCAUCUACUGUCCAUCAUCCACAUGUCCAUCUACUGUCCAUCUACUGUCCAUCUACUGUCCAUCUACUGUCCAUCAUUCACAUGUCCAUCUACUGUCCAUCAUUCACAUGUCCAUCUACUGUCCAUCAUUCACAUGUCCAUCUACUGUCCAUCUACUAUCCAUCAUUCACAUGUCCAUCUACUGUCCAUCAUUCACAUGUCCAUCUACUGUCCAUCUACUGUCCAUCUACUGUCCAUCUCCUAUCCACCCCCCUCACGCAUGUUGCUGCUUUAUAAUUCAUUGUUGUUUUCAUUUGAGAGUUUAUCCAGUUCAUUGCCUUAAUAGACAACAUUUAUCCGAGUAGUGUAUUAAUGCAGCGUCUUUGCGAGCGUACCCUUCGAAUGCAGAGACUAUUAUGCAAAAAUGUCGUCCUGUUUUUCCACCUGUGGUGUCUCAUCGUGCAGAAUAGAAGACAUAAGAAAUACUGUAUACAACAAGGUACUAAAGAAUGAAUUACUAGCCUUGUGGGUUCUGCAAAGACUGUCGAAUAAUCCUUCCCUUUUCGUAUUGCCGCGCCUCGCUAACUUAGCUACUAGUCUACAUUAACACAGCUGUUGACUGUACAACACUGUCUUAAUACACGCGGUUUUCUACCUCUGAGAUGAGAUUCCAUGGUACUUGUAACACCGUUGAGAAGGUGUACGUGUCAAUAUUUAUUCUGCACCUGUCUAAUGCCUUACUGGGUGAACUAUAUUACGUUUUACUCUAAUUCCUGUUUGAAAACAAACUGAGAUGUUUCAGAAGGGCACGUGUGUUUCGUGCGAGGAGGAAUUCUUUAAAGAAUGAAGUAUGUAUAUGAAGUUUAAUUCUAAAAUGAUAUAUAUCCAUUUUCAGAGAUGUUGGUGUUUAAAAGGUCAUGAACAGUCAAAAUCAUGUUUUUCAUGAACUUGGAUGAUAUUUGAAGGGAACCAGAUUAAAGUAUUGAUGACCAAAGUAUGAAAA